AUGAAAAUGAUUAUUAUGAAGCCACUGAAACUUUUCUCAAGAAGGUCAGUUCUGGGAGAGAGAGAGUUCAUCACACAGCAGCCAUAUGAAUACAAAGUAAGGGCUUUAAAAUUCACAUAAAUGGCAUAUAUUGAUUAUGAGGAUUUCAUUAAUGUAAUUAGCGAGAAUGAUACAGAAUAUGAAAUAUUUUGUAUGAAGAGAGAUAGAUUGUUGUUUAAUCCUUAAUUUAAAGGAUCUGGAAAUGUAUGCGAAAUUUGUGAAUGGACUCAUAACUUCAUUUAGUAAUUAUCUAAAAUUAAUUGGAUUAGAUGCCCAUUUGUAUUCUUGUAACCUAACUUCAAUAAAAUAUCCAGUCGUUUCACUUCAGUUAGAUUAAAUAAUAGAAUCAAAUUUCCAUAUCGUAAUACAACGAAAUCAAGAACGAAAGAGUGUUUGAAUAGUAUAUAAGAAGGAGCACUAAAAAUAAUCGUUGGCAAUUUAUCUGAAGAAGAAUAUACGGACGAAUAUUUAAUAUCUUUAGGAUUUUAAUUGACUUAGAAUAUGGAAAUUGAUUCUUAAAAUGAUGAUGAAUCAUCCAAAAAUUUAAAUGAUUCUCAAUCACCCACAAUUACCGAAAAGCAAAGGUUAUUUUAGAAGAAAUGUGCAAAAACAAUGUCUGGAGUUGCUACUAUGGAUUUUAAAGAUGUUAAAGAAACACAUGAUUUGAAAAAAAGUAUCAUAAAUUUCCAAAGGAUUCAAUUUGGAAAGGAAAAAUAAAAAGGAUUCUAAGUUCAUAAGAAGGAAUAAAAUGAAAAUGGAAUAGAAGUAUUAGAGCAAUCAUAGUUACUUGUUCUUCCAAAUGCAACUAAUGCUAGAUACUUUUCAAAGUAAUUUUAAGGUACUCCUCGUCGUUCAUCAAAUUUUGAUGAGUUUGGUAGUCUUCAAUUAUCUCAAAAGUCAGGGAAUUUUACAAGUCUAUUAGAAUAAGAAUAGAACAAAUUACUCAUAAAACAAAUCAGCAAAAAUAGUGAAUCAAGUGAAAUGCAAGAAUCUUUGAUACGGAAAUAGAUUGAAAACCAAGAAAGGAGAUUAUAAGGUGGAGGGGAGUAGAGAAGGAAGAAAAGGAAAACAACGAUUCAAUUGGGAUAGAAGCCUUAACGUAAGUCUUAUUAACAUUAAUAAUCAAAUUUAAGUCCAGUUCUCUAAUAAUAAUUUUAGAAGUAAUAGCUGCCGGCAGUUUUGGAUCAGAAAUUAAAAAGAUAAAGUAUUGGAGAAUCUAGGAAAUAAAUGUAAACAAAUUAGAUCACGAGUGUUGGUCAAAUUGAAAUGGAUGGUGAAUAUGGUGAAAAUAUAUAAGACGAUUCAUUGUAACAGAAGAUUUUAGAUAUAGUUCAUUCUAAUGAAAAUUAUCAGGUGGAUUGUUGUAAACCUGCACUUAUGUAUUUCCCUGAGUUUAACAUAGAGGUAAUUCUAAAGAAAAUCGAAUACUACUAUUUAUUUGUGAAAGGAGUAGAAAAGAAAAUGUACAAAAGAAGCAAAUCUAGUAGAAACUUAUUUGAAAGAAUCAAACCCUCAAAAAAUGCUACUAUUAAAAGCUAUUAGAACAACUCUAGAUCGUAAGGAGAAGUAUGA